ACUGCGCAGGCGCUUCACCCUCUCCUUACACGGACGUUGGAACAGCGAGGGCGCACAAAAUGGCUUCCACCGAUUAUAGCACCUAUAGCCAGGCUGGUGCACAGCAGAGCUAUGGUACUUACUCUGCCCAGCCAGCUCAAGGAUACACACAAACUGCUCAGGCAAGCUAUGGGCAACAGAGUUAUGGCACUUACGGGCAGCCUACUGAUGCCAGUUACACACAGGCACAAACCACUGCCACUUAUGGUCAGUCAGCUUAUGCUGCGGCUUAUGGACAGCCACCUGCUGGUGUGGUUAUGCCUGGGCUGCCACCAGCAUUUUCAUAGGUAGGUAAAGUGUUUAAAUGUCAGUCUAACCUUACCAGUGCUGCAACUACCGCCACAACCCAGGCUUCAUAUGCUGCACCCUCUGCUUAUGGUGCCCAGCCAGCAUACCCUUCAUAUGGACAGCAACCUGCAACCACUGCUCCAGCAAGACCCCAAGAUGGAAGCAAGCCGGCAGAUACAAGCCAGCCUCCCCCAAGUACGGCCACGUAUGCACAGCCCAAUGUGGCCUACAGUCAGAGCAGCUACAGCUAUCCCCAGGUCCCAGCCAGCUACCCCAUGCAACAAGUGACUGCUCCACCAUCUUACCCACCAACUAGCUAUUCCACAUCUCAGCCAUCUAGUUAUGAGCAGAGUUCUUAUUCCCAGCCAAGCUCUUACACUCAGCAGAGCAGCUAUGGCCAACCGAGUUCCUACUCGCAGCAGAGCAGCUAUGGCCAGCCAAGCAGUUAUGGGCAACAAGGUGGUUAUGGCCAACAGAGCAGUUAUCAGCAACAGCAGCAGCCUCAACAGCCACCUCCUACGAGCUAUCCGCCACCUUCAUCAUCUUAUGGCAGCCAGCCACCCAGCCAGUAUGGGCAACAGAGCAGUGGCUAUGGCCAGCAAAGUAGUUAUCGUCAAGACCACUCAAGUAACAAAGGAUCAUAUGGGCAGGAAUCUCAUCAAGGUUAUUCUGGUUCUGAAGGCCGCAACUCUGGAGGCUCGGAUUCCCGCGGUAGGGGCCGGGGCAUGUAUGACAGAGGUGGCCUGAACCGUGGCAGUAGGGGAGGCCGUGGAGGCAUUGGCAGCGGUGGAGAUCGAGCUGGCUUCAGUAAGCCUGGUGGACUUCUGGAUGACGGCCCUGAACCUGACUUCGCACCCCCUAUGGAACCAGAAGAGGAACCCGAGAACAACACUAUCUACAUGCAGGGUCUAAAUGAAAAUGUGACAGUCGAAGAGUUGGUGGAGUUUUUUAAAAACUGUGGGGAGGUCAAGGUGAGUGACAUUAAAGGGCAGCCCCUAAUUAACAUUUUUACAGACAAGGAAACGGGAAAGCCAAAGGGUGAUGGAACGGUUUCAUUUGAAGAAGCACCUUCAGCUAAAACAGCCGUGGAACUAUGUGAUGGAAAAGAAUUUCAAGGAACUAAAAUGAAGGUAUCUAUGGCUCGUAAGAAGGCUCCAGCAAGCAUGAGAGGUGGCUUAUUGCCACGUGAGGGUCGAGGAGGACAGCCACCACUCCUUAGAGGAGGCCCAAUGCCACGAAUGGUUGGCAGAGGAGGGGAUCGUGGUGGAUUUAUGCCAAGAGGGCCACGCGGAGGACCACGUGGCAGCCCUGUCAGUGGGCCUAAUGUACAACACAGAGCUGGAGACUGGCAGUGUCCAAACCCGGGAUGUGGUAAUCAAAACUUUGCCUGGCGAACAGAGUGUAAUCAGUGCAAGGCUCCAAAACCUGAAGGAUUCAUUCCUCCUCCAUUCCCACCCCCAGGAGGCGAAAGAGGUAGAGGCGGGCCUGGUAUGAGGGGAGGCAGAGGCUUGAUGGACCGCGGAGGCCCUGGUAUGUUUAGAGGUGGCAGAGGAGGAGAUAGAGGAGGCUUCAGAGGUCGGGGAAUGGACCGAGGAUUUGGCGGUGGAAGGAGAGGUGGACCACCUGGUCCCCCGGGACCUCUCUUGGAGCCAAUGGGCGGCAGAGGUGGUGGUGGAAGACGUGGUGGCCCUGGCAAAAUGGAGAAGGGUGAUCAUCGUCAGGAGCGCAGGGAGAGACCCUACUAGAAGCUGAAAGCCUCCUUUACUCAAGAUUUAUUUUUUAAGCCAGAAAUGUUUUAAAUUUAUAAUUCCAUAUUUAUAAUGCUAGCAUUGGGUCCCUACAAUGUUACAUUAUGACUAUUCUUUGUCUGUACCUUUAGUAUUCACAAUUUGUGGAGAUAUUAAAACGAGUUUAACGGUAGUACCAAUGUUUUUGUUUUUAUUUGAUUUUUUUUAAAGAAUCAACAUUUUUUGCAGGUUCUUCAGUGUGUAAGUUUGUAAACAAGAUUUUUUCUGAAGUGGUUUUGUCGGCAUGUAGCAUUAUGGUAAAAUAUGGCUGAAGGGAUUGCCCUUUAAGAUCUUUUGUGUUUCUAUUUCUCAGCUUGUUCUACUGUAUUGGGCCUUUUUUGCAGGUCUCUUUAUUUCCAUUUUAAAGAGUCUGAGAAGGUCAGUGAUCUUGUUUCAAUGUUUCCUGCAAGAUGACUGGAGAGAAGUCAUGAAUGUUUUAUAUUCUAACUUGUACAAGUUUUUGUUGACAUCCACAUUACAAUAAAAACCUGCAAAC